CAAGCUGAGCUACCCAUGGCACAAAUUGAUUACAUUUUGCAGCACUGAAUUGGAAUAAUUUGUUUUUCGUUUAUAUUAUUGGAUACAUAUUUAUUUAGUUUUGUUUCACACAUUGAAUCACCAUGAAUAACGGAAAUUCGGAAAGGAGAGUAACUCGGGCAUCAAAAAACAACAAACCAACCAGGAGGCGAGUGAUAGCAGAAAUUGAUGUUGAUGAACGGGAAAAUGUAGAGAUUGAGCCAGAAAUUCUGAAACAAACAGAACUGUUUGAUGAUGACAAUGAUAUAAGUGGCAUGAAACUGUACGAGAAGCCAGAAAUAUAUAAAAAAGGAGCGAUGUUAGAAAAAGCAAAAAGCUUUAAACUUUCAAAAAAUGUAAACUCGAUCAUCAAUCUCGAAAAGCGUUCUCCAUGUAAAACCCCAACGAAAAAGAAAAAGGAAAAAAGUUUUAUGAAAGGCCUCUCGAGUUCUGAGGAAAGUGAAAGCAAAUCAGAAGGUAGUGAAUAUGAACCCGAUGGGGUUGAUGAUGAUGAUGACAGUGAUGAAAUUGAUGAUGAAGAAUAUCCCGAAACUGAAGAAAUUGAUGAAAACGAGGAUAGCGAUUAUGAAGUCAAACCAAAACCAUUAGUUCUUCAAAAAUCAAAGUUAAUUUUGAAGAAAAACUCUAAUUCCGCUAAAAAAGUUUCCCACGAAAAACCUGCUUACAAAGAUCUCCAUUUAAAUCCAGAAGAUUUCUUUGAAAAUCAAUCUGAAAAAGUCUUGACGUCCAAUCGCACACUUGGAAGGCUCAAAACUCAGAAGCUAGACAAAGAGAAAAUAGACGAAUUAUUACAAAGUCAGUUACAUAUUUCCGAUGCUCAUAACGAGGGAAUUUGUCGCCUCGAAGAAGCAAAUAAAUCGCAAUUUCCUUUGUGGCUUUUUUUACUAGAAGAAGGAUUCAGCAUAUUGUUGCAUGGUUUGGGAUCCAAGCGAGAGUUAAUCCACGAUUUCCAUCAGGAAAUGAUCGGUGGUUGUCCAACUUUACUAGUGAAUGGAUUCUUUCCCAGUUUAACAUUAAAAGAGAUCCUGGAUGGAAUAUUGAAGGACCUGAUGGGUUUGGAACCACCCACAGGUUUAAACGAUUGCAUGGAAUUAAUAGAGAAGACUUUAAAGGAUAAUCCGAAGGAUCGACUCUAUUUGUUAAUUCAUAAUAUCGACGGUCCCAUGCUUCGUUCGAGCAAAGUUCAAGAUAAGCUUUCCUACCUUGCCAGUUUUCCCAAUCUACACUUAGUGGCUUCUGUCGAUCACAUCAAUGCUUCCCUGUUAUGGGACAAUGCAAAACGCUCAAGAUACAAUUUUUAUUGGUGCCAAGCGACGACAUUUUUGCCUUACAAGGAGGAAACUUUAUACGAAAAUUCGUUAAUGGUUCGACAAAGUGGAGCUCUUGCCUUAUCGUCUCUUCACAACGUCUUUUUGUCCUUGCCAGAUAAAUCACGUUCUGUUUAUACUAUUCUCGUUAAUUAUCAGAUAGAAAACGGCGGUGCUAAUUAUCAAGGAAUGGCGUUUAAAGACCUUUAUAAAAAAGCUCGAGAGGGAUUUUUCGUAACGAAUGAUGUUACACUCCGGGCACAAUUAACCGAAUUCUUGGAUCAUAAAUUAGUUAAAGUGAGACGUGCGCUUGAUGGCAUUGAGUAUCUUAACAUUCCGUUAGAUAACGCUUUGCUCAAACAAUUUUUAGAACAGCAGGAAGAAUCUUAGCAAUAAUGAUUCUUAAUUUUUUAGUUUAAUUUAGAAUUUUUUUCCUUGUAAAUUGAAAUUAGGAGCAGUUAGUAUUAUUCUUUACGGAAGAGACUGGGCACUUUUCUGUAAUCUUGUUUUUAUUUAUAAUUAUAAUUUUGGUAUAGAUAUAAUGUUUAAGUCAGAAGAUUGUUUUUUAAUGUUAAACAUAAAGUUGAUCGUUCCAGUAACAUUUUAAUAUAGAACUGUAAUUUAAAAAGAGCUAAAUAAAAAAAAAUAUUUUUCUAAU